GUAUGUGCCUCUGCCUUCUCGGGAUUGCAUUGGCGCUGCUCGUGCAGCCGAGCACGGACUUUGCUCGAGGAGUUCCUGGGCUGAAGGAGCAUGCAAAACGGCACCCGUUGCAUGCCGGAGUCGCUCGGCGCGCCGGGGCUGCGCAAGAGGACAACAGUGGCCAGGACCGGCUCGAUCUCGAGGAGGUGGUCGCAGAAGCCAAACGGGUUGUGGACAACGGCACGCUGAAAGACAUGCAAGUGGUCAUGCGAAAAGUGCAGCUGACAGAUCCAGGGAAGUGGAAUGAUUUGGCGACUAAGCCUGAGUUAAAGCAGCAGCUAAAGAAGUUUGUGGCAGAGGCAGCCCUAAAGGCCUUGGAAGAGGACCUGCUCCUGGCGCGACAGCAGCAAGCGAGCGCCCAGCGGCAGGUUGAGACUGCCCAGCGGCAGGUUGAAAGCGCUCAGCGGCAGGUUGAGAGCGCCCAGCGGCAGGUUGAGAGCGCCCAGGAGCAGGAAGCGAUGGCGGUGAGGCGUCUCGCUCGAGCUGCCACCGUCUUGGAGACGGCGGAGGACUCGGGCAAUGCGACAAAGGUGCAGGAGGCCAAGGAGGAGGUCAAGGAGGCCAAGGAGGAGGUCAAGGAGGCCAAGGAGGAGGUCAAGGAGGCCAAGGAGGAGGUGGAGAAGGCGGAGAGGAAGGUGGAGAGGGCGAAGAAGGAGGUGCAGGCGGCGAAGGCAAGCGGCCGGACGAAGGAGUCCGAGGCCCCACUGGCCAUCAUGGCGAACUCAGAGCAGACAGUGGAAGGCUUGCUACGCCUUCGAGGCGACCUGAAAGACAAAGUGCCUGCCAGCAUUCAUGGUGAGCCCGACGAUGGCGAGUUUCAGGCUCGGCCUUUGGAGUCCCAGGAGUUUCUGAAUAGGGUCUCCAAGAUGUUGGGAGAUCGGAGUCGCAAUGGCUCUUUGAUCAAAGCAAACAGCCCGCUGCUGGAGUAUGCCACGAUGAGUGGCGCUGGCAAGUCACGCUGGGGCUUUGAGGUGGAACGUUUACUGAAAAGGAACCAAAGCUUCCAACCGUACGCGGUUUCUCGCAUAGGGCUGAACUUCAACGGUGGGACUGGUGGGGGAACUGAUGGCACAGAAACCGAGUAUCUUUCUGAGCAGAAGGGCUUCUCCUUGAAACAAAUCAUGGCGACACUCUUAUUUACCCGAGGACUUCUGCAGUGCGACCCAGACUAUUUUCGUGGGGGGGAAGAAUGGCUAAAAGGCUUGACAGUCACUAUUGUGCUUGAUGCCGUGUUCAAAAGCUUCACAAGCGGCUCAGCAAACAAAAGCAUCCUGGUUGUGCAUGUGGAUGAGCUCGCUUUUCUGCUGAAGCGUGGCUUCAAUGACAGACGACUCAAAGACUUCGUGAACUUGUUGGCUGAAUACAACUGUGGGCCGAAUCCUUUGGGAUUGGUGGUGCCGGUCAUUACGCACACUGCGCCGGUGGUAUGGAAUCCGGAGCCGACUGUCAUACAGUUGGAACACAAGAACCUUGCUGCAUUCAGCUUUGAAGACUCCAAGAAGUUCUUUCCAGGCCUGAAUAUCACUGGCUUGCAAGCCCGGCUUGCCAUCAGUGCCUGCGGAGGUCAUGCAGCGUUGCUGGUCCAGUUGCACUGCUUCAUGCAACGGCAGGCCGGUGGACUUGGUCCACUGCUCACAUGCGACCGCGUCCGUCAACAUGAAGACGCCCUGCUGAACGAGACAGUGCGGCCAGCCUGCUUUGCAUUGGUUCAGGCUGUGCUGCUGCAAAGCAUAGUUCCCAAAUCCAAGUUCCAGGACUUUUUUCAACUUGGCCUAGCCUUCAUUGAGAGGACACGGGCGACAGUCCGGGUGACGGUACCGUACCCAUUCUUCUUGAACCUGCUGAUGCAGUUGGAUCGCCCAGAGCGUUUCAAACACCUGCGACACGAAAAUCCCACUGGCACAGACCGCCGCUGGAGUUCGAAGGCGUUCGAGGCACUUUGCGCAAUGCGAGUGGCCAUUGACAUGGAUGGCUUUCCCUACGACCUGCCCUGCGAUCCUAGAGCAGCAGCGAUAGAAUUCAGAAGAGACAGGAAAUCUCGUGUGUGUCUUGCAGAGAGCGAUACGGAGCGGGGUGUGGACAGCAUCGGAUUUGACGGCAACACCAUGACCUUGGUUCAGAGUAAAUACCCAGAGACUGAUACAACCCAAGAGUGGAAGGAAAUUAGGGAGUUUAUGAACUUCGCAAACACGACUGGUGUUGAUUGGGCUAAAUCAGCAAAUUGCACAAGAAUUUGUGCAAUCUUUGCCACUGCGAGGGCAUCAAGAAACUAUGAAUCGGAGUGGCCAAUGGAGAUCAAUGUCCAGGAAGUGGUCAUCACCUACGUAAUUUACGCCAAGACUCAAAACAGCAGAAGGUGCGCAGUCCGGACAAAGCAGAUCGAUGAAUGGAUCCCUCCAGGACUCAUGUGCAUGUAA